GCUGACUUGACAUGCAGACUCGACUGUUGGUUCUUGACCCCGUCGUCAGACCUCAUGAAGAAGUAAAACUUCAUUUUGGCUGAAAUCAAUGCCUGCAACCGCCAAGACUGUUGGUCCUUUGUGCCGCACAGGCUCCACCAUGUUCCUGACUCCAAAGGCUCCUCUUCUCGAACGACUCCAUUGUGUCCGAACUUCGCCUAAACACAGACUAAAAAGCAAAACUCGACUCACACCAAGAAUUCAGGACCCUCGUAACUGCAAUAGCUAUGACAAUGACAUGACUUUGACAAAGAUGUCGUUCGGAUUGAGUCAGCUAACACAGCGGAAGAUUUUCCGGACUUCGGCACGGGACGGGGGGGAGGAUCACCAAUUAGUCAGGGUCUAGCUAGGAUGUAAGAGUCUGGCCAGGGUCUACAGGGGUUGGGCAAGCACCAUGUACCAAGGAGAGGAACUGUUGGCGGGUGUACAUCCUAAAGAGUGUUCCAUGCCGCACUCCUGCAUUUCUAUUACCGAAGCAUCUGCAGGUUUGCCUUCUUCUUUUUGUUCCUCGAUUUAUUUUAUUUCCUUCUUUAAAUCAUCGUCCCUCUUCCACUAAGUUGAGUCUUUGAUUGGGAAAGAGUACGCCAAAAUGUCUGCUGAAGGCGAUAAACGAUCAGUCGAAGUUCAAGAUGCCGCGUAUGGCAUCAAUGAAUCCAGCGAGCAUGUCGACGAGAAGAAGGGCAACGCGGCUGAUCGCGCCGACAUGUACCGCAUGGGCAAAACUCAAGAGAUGACGAGAAACUUUCGUUUUCUGUCCAUCUUUGGCUUCUCCAUGAUCCUCAUGGCGUCUUGGGAGUUCUCCCUCAGUGUCUCAACAAUCGGUCUCGUCAACGGCGGCACAGCAGGUCUGAUCUGGAUGUUCUUCGUCUGCUGGAUGGGCUUCCUCCUCGUCAACACCUCCAUGGCCGAAAUGGCUUCAAUGUCCGUGCCACCACUGCUACUUCACCACCAAUUACUGACAGAACUACAGGGCUCCUACAACAGGAGGUCAAUACCACUGGGUCUCCGAAUUCGCACCACCAAAAUACCAGAAACUCAUCAGCUACCUCAUGGGCUGGAUGUGUGUCCUCGGCUGGCAGACAUCAUGCGCUUCAUCAGCUUUCAUCGCCGGAACGCAAAUCCAAGGCCUCGUAGUGUUGAACUAUCCCGAUUACGUUCCUAAGCCAUGGCAUGGAACACUACUUACUAUCGCAGUAGCUGCUUUCUCGGUUGUGUUCAACACACUCCUUGCUAGAAAGCUACCGUUGAUUGAAGCAACAGUUCUUGUCAUUCACAUCUUUGCGUUCUUCGGCAUAUUGGUUACCCUUUGGGUUCUCUCACCGCGGGCUGAUGCUACUGCUGUGUUUACUGAGUUCACCGACGGUGGUGGUUGGGGAAGUAUCGGCGGUUCUACGCUCGUUGGUAUUCUUGCAGGUGUGUUGCCGUUGCUUGGUGCUGAUGCUGCUGUGCACAUGUCUGAGGAACUCCGCGAUGCAAGCCGCACUCUACCAAAGGCUAUGAUCUCAACGACUGUUUUCAACGGUGCGUUUGGCUGGAUCAUGGUUAUCACAUACUGUUUCUGCAUCGGUAAUCUCGAGGAGGUCAUAGCUUCGCCAACAGGAUAUCCCUUUAUGCAAGUAUUCCUGAACUCAACUCAGUCGACGAGUAGUGCUACUGCUAUGGCAUCUUUCCUCGUUAUCAUGACUGGUUUCUCCAACCUCACCAUGGUAGCUACAUCGUCACGCCAACUCUUUGCUUUCGCACGAGAUCACGCUGUUCCGUUCAGCCCUUGGUUUUCGAAGGUCCCCACAGGAUGGGAUGUUCCUAUCAACGCUAUCCUGACGACCUUUUUGAUCUCGAGUCUCCUGUCUCUUAUCAACAUUGGUUCAGCAGUCGCCCUCAACUCAAUCACGUCAUUGGCGACAACAUCCCUUCUCUCAAGUUACAUCGUCUCAAUCGGAUGCAUGAUCUGGCGACGAUCAACGAACAGUCCUCUCCUCAAGUCUAAGUUCAGUCUUGGAAGAUGGGGCCUUGCUGUCAACAUCGUCUCCGAAGCCUUCCUCAUUAUAAUUUUCGUCCUGGCUUUCAUGCCAGGAAACCCUAACCCAUCCCCAUCAGAGAUGAACUGGAGCAUUCUCAUUUAUGGGGCUGUCGCGGUGUUCUCCGUGGGAUACUACUUAUUCCGAGGAACCCACCGUUAUGAAGGCCCUGUGGCAUAUGUCAGAAAGCUGGAACAGUAGAGGCACCAUAGCAAAGCAAGACUUGUGUUCUUAUACUUUCCCCUGGUUUAAGUCAGGGGUUAAGCUAGUAACUGCAGAUUAAUUUAAUAAAAUGAAAUAUUCACUCUCUGCACAAUACGUACUGACAGC